AUGAGGCUCUUGUCUCUUGCGCUCUUCCUGGGCGCAUCAGUCCUGGGCGCCGCUCAAGCAAUUGGUGCAGAACUUCAAGAUGAUCCCGCGCGGGAAAACACGUACUUCAAUGGCAAGAAGGUGCCACCAUUACUCGAGUUGACGGCAGACAACUUCGAGAAAGAGGUCAAGCAGACUAAAUAUUUGGUGGUGAAAUAUUUUAGUCCAUACUGCCCUCAUUGUAUAGACUUCGCACCGACAUACCAAACCCUGUACGAGUAUUAUUACACGUCACAGGGACCUGUCGAUCCCGAGUCAGACCCGCCGCAAUCAUUCGAAAAGUACUACGAUAUCAGGUUCGCUUCACUCAAUUGCGUCGCUUAUGGCGACAUGUGUACCAAACAUAACAUUGAAUCCUACCCCCAAACUAUGCUAUACAAGGACGGCGUGUUGCUUGACAGGGUUAAGGGUGGCAAGCCAAUGCUUGCUGUUGCAGAAUUGGUAGAAACUGAAUUGAAGAAGGAGUUCUCUGGUACACGACCCAAGGAGCUUGUUCUUCCCAAGCCCGGCGCGACGAGUGUCCCCGCAGCCACUGACUCUGAGGCGACUGAACUCAAGGCCAAGUCAGCAGUUGACAAAGAGGACGAGGGCAAGAAGGCCGACAACACCGGUGCGACGAGUCUCUCUGCAACCGCUGACUCUGAGGCGACUGAACUGAAGGCCAAGUCAGAAGUCGGCAAAGCGGACGAGGUUGAGAAGGCCGACAAGAUCAACGCGGCUGACAAGUCUGACAAAUCUGAGAAGUCCGACAAAACCGAGAAGCCCAAGGCGGAUAAGGCCGCAGAGGAGGAGCCCACGAAAGUCGACGAAAAGGCGCCUGUCAAGGUUGAGAAGACGAAGCCUGCAAAGCCAACCGUUACUCCCAACGAAAAGGGCCUCUCUAUGUCCCUCACUGCGGAGAGCUUCCAGACUCUGGUGACCAUGACCCAAGAGCCGUGGUUCAUCAAGUUCUACGCGCCCUGGUGCCACCAUUGCCAGGCAAUGUCUGCGAACUGGCAGCAAUUGGCCAAGGAGAUGAAAGGGAGGCUUAACAUCGGUGAGGUCAACUGUGACGCAGAAUCUCGGUUGUGUAAGGACGUCCGAAUUCGCGGUUACCCGACGAUCCACUUCUUCAAAGGAGGCGAGCGCGUAGAAUAUGACGGUCUGCGCGGACUUGGUGACUUCGUGAAGUACGCUGAGAAAGCUAUGGACGUUUGCAGCGGUGUUCAGGAGGUCGAUGCCGCGUCGUUCCGAGCGCUCGAGGAGAAGGAAGAAGUCAUUUUUGUCUACUUCUAUGACCACGCCACCACCACCGAGGAUAUGAUGGCUCUUGAAAGGCUUCCCCUGAGCCUUAUCGGUCACGCCAAGCUGGUUAAGACAAAAGACCCUGAACUGUACGACCGAUUCAAGAUCACGACAUGGCCAAGGUUACUGGUGGCACGCGAAGGGCGCCCCACGUACUACACUCCUCUUACGCCGAAGGAAAUGCGUGAUACCCGUCAAGUGUUGACAUGGAUGAAAUCGGUCUGGUUACCCAUUGUCCCCGAGUUGACUGCAUCCAACGCCCGCGAAAUCAUGGAUGGGAAGAUUGUAGUUCUCGGCAUUAUUAACAGAGAGGACCAAGAGUCGUUCCUCGGAGCUAAGCGAGAAAUGAAGAGCGCGGCGAACGAGUGGAUGGACAAGCAGAUCCAACUGUUUCAACUAGAACGACAGGAGCUUCGAGAUGCUAAGCAACUACGCAUAGAGGAGGCUGAGGACCGAAACGACCAGCGCGCACUCCGUGCGGCUAAGAGUAUCCGUAUCAACAUGGACAGGUCCGAUCGCAAGGAGGUUGCUUUUGCUUGGGUCGAUGGCAUCUUCUGGCAGAGGUGGAUACGCACUACCUACGGCAUUGAUGUGAAGGACGGGGAGCGGGUCAUUAUCAACGAUGAAGAUAAUCGACGAUAUUGGGACACAACCAUCACGGGCAACUACAUUAUCCCUUCGAGAACCUCCAUCCUGGAGACGAUUUCCAAAGUCACGGCGUCACCCCCGAAGAUCAAGCCGAAGUUGACCAUCUCGAGCUUUGAGAAGAUCUUCUUCGACAUACGCAUCACCUUCUCCGAGCACCCGUACCUGACGAUAGGAUGUGUAGCCGGUCUCGCUCUGGGUUGUGCUUCAUGGUUCCGUGGGCGGCUCCGCAGGAAUCGCGGCCAUUUCCGCCUGGAAGAUACCCUACCCAUCAAGGAGCUGAAAGACGGCCUCCUGGGUAACACAGCCAACGGGAAGGUGGACUGA